AUGGUUUUAUCUUGUUCUGCAUAUAAUUGCACUCAAAGAUAUACUAAAGGAGUUUCUUUUCAUGGUUUUCCAAAAGAUUUAGAAUUGAGGAGAAAAUGGAUACAAGUUAUGCGGAGGGAUGGUUUUACUCCUAGUAAACAGUCUAAACUUUCUGGUAAACAUUUCACAAUUGAUUGUUAUGAAGUAAGUCCUUGGAGUUCACAAAAGAAACUAAAAAGUGAUGCAAUUCCUUCUAUAUUUGAUUUUCCAACACGUUUAAAAAAAAGAACAAUAACGUUGACAAUUGUAUUAUUAAUGUUAACAAUAUUAUCACCAAUGAUUCAAUACAGUAAGUCUAAUGAACAAUAUAUCGACAAUUAUAUCAUUGAUGUUAACAAUAAUAUCACUAAUGAUUCAAUACAGAACAAUAAUGUUGCAAAUUGUCAAAUUAAUCCUAAAAAUAAUGGUAAACGGUAUAUUGGUGAUUUUAAUGAAAAUGAUAUGUUAAUACCAGAAAAUAGUUAA